GCAACCCACAAGUUGAACGCGACAUCUUGCUGCGCGCUCUCCGCGGCAAGACUGUCUGGGUUCCCCACCUCCUCUGCGCCUUCCAAACACCCACUCAUCUUAACAUUGUCAUGGACUACGCCGAGGGUGGCACGCUAUGGGACGUGCUAGAGUCCAGCCCGCACGACGGACGCGUGCUUGAAGCCGAUUUGCGCUGGUGGUUUCCGCAGAUCGUCAGCGCGCUUACCUGGUGCCAUUCGCAAGGAUUCGCGCAUAGGGACGUGAAACCGCACAAUUUUGUUCUCUCUGAGAGCUAUCAUGUUCAACUCAUUGACUUCGGUUCGGCUGCCCCACUUUUACCCCCGCGUGCAGACGGAGCACAUCUCAUUCCUCGUCGACACUGCCUCGUACCUUGCGGCACAUGCGACUAUAUAUCUCCUGAGAUACUCCAAGCUCACGAGGAAGCCCUCGUCGCAUUUGAGAUGACCGAGGACGACGAUGGUUCGCAGAAGAGUCGUGCUUUGGAUGAGGAAGGUGGGUACGGUGUAGAAACCGAUUGGUGGAGCAUGGGUGCCAUGCUGUACGAGAUGGCGUACGGUGUCACGCCAUUCUUUGCCGACGAUAUAAGGCGUACAUAUUCCAAGAUCAUGGACCAUAGGAAGAGCUUGAAGUUUCCGAAAGAGCCGUCCAUCUCGUCGACACUGCAAGACUUGAUUCGUCGGUUUCUCACUGACCAUGAAACACGGUUGGGCCGGACAGGCGCCGCAGAGAUCAUGAAUCAUCCUUUUUUCGAUAAAAUAGAGUGGGAAGACCUACAUAUUCAAAAUUGUCCAGACGACUUACAUCUGCCACAGUUUAUAUACGCCAAUGCUCAAACUGCAGAUGCCGCCCCUAUGGCAAACGAGUCGCAUACUUUCAUGUCGACCUCCUCGCACUCGCAAGGAUUCGCCUUUUCCGCCUUCUUUCAGCCCUCCGAGCAGAGCUCCGCGGGUGUUUCUGGCCUCCACCCGACACCUCGUCCCAACAGGUCUAUUCUACGUGAGCAAGCAUCCACCUACUUUAUCGGGUUUUCCUGGGGCCCCACCGUCGACGCGUUUCGCAUCCCUCCGGCACCUUCCCGUCCGGUCUCGCCCUCAAUCCCCGCCAGUGACCCUCAUGUCACUCCGCGUCCACACAAAGAUGCAACUCACCAUCGGGUGCUGUUCGCGUCGACGCCGUUUCGCGUGGUCUCUACUCCCGCACGCUACCCGUUCACAACGCCCCUUCAGCCCUCCCUCAAAACACCGCACAACGGGAUGUCCACUCUCCCGCGCGCGAGCACGCUGCGCCGCACCGCGCCUCGGCGCACGGUGUCAGACAGAGAGGCGAUGCGGCAGCUCGUGGACUGCAUAGGAAUGAGUGCACGGAAGAAGGUGCUGGCGGCUGGACGGACGCCACGCGCCAUGCCCACGCCCACAUCCGCGACAGGGACCGGCAAGGCGAAAGCUCUGCGGUUCCUGCCUGCGCUGAUCGACAUCGCACCCGAGCUUGGAGUCUUGCCGGGGAGGAUCGCGUACGCUGGUAAUAACAGCGAAACAGGCAACAGCAGGCUCAGUGGGGCGAGCGGGAGCGGGAUGACGUGGAACGAAGAGGAGACUAGUGAGGAGGAGAGCGACGCUCCCCCGAGCCCGAGCCCGAGCCCGCGGCCUGGGUCUGCGAUGUCGAUGAUGUCGUCGAGGAGGAGCGCGACGCCGACGGUGACGGCCUCGUGGAGCUUGAGCAGGAUGGGGCUGCUGAGCGCUGGUUUGCCGAGUGCCAGCUCCGGGACGUUCGGUGUGGAUUGGGGCGGUGGAAAGCGCAGACGGUCUAGCUCACCGAAUCCAGUGAGCGAUCCAGACCAUGGCAGACUUGGUGAGGAAAUCAACGAUGCUAGGGAAAGAGAGCUCAAGGUGCAGGGUGACUCGCAGCCUAUCCUGAAAGGGGACAUCAUUCUCUCUGAAGCUACCACAAAGCCAGAGGUCCAGAGUCGAGCACGGGCGGUGUCAGAUGCGCUCCCUGCAAUAAGCAAGCCAAGGCCAAGGCCGAUGGAGAAGGGCAGAGAUGUUGGAGACGGGCUUGGAGCGUUGGAAAGACGAUACGAGUCCCUCAUGGCGGAGAUUGCGGGGUUGGAGGGCCGGUUGGCGGCUGUUCGACGACGGCGAGCAACGUCGGACGCGCGCUGAUGGCUCGGGCAUCCGCGCUGGUCCAGACGAGCCAAGUUGGCUCUUGUUGGCUGCGUCGUCCAUGCGGCGUUCCUCGACCGAAUUCAAUCGAUUCUGGGAGCCAAUUGAUACGCGGCGUGGCGACAAGGGGUGCAACGAUCACGAAAGUGCCUGAUACGCAGGGGGAUCCGCCUCAAACGGAGAAAGAGCGGCGAUGUAUGAAAAAGGGGAUGGAAAAGGAUAUCCUGCGGUGUCCCACAAUGGCGAACCUGAGUCGCGCACCGCGUCGAGGCGACAAGCGACCCCACUUGGUCUUCCCUGUUCCACGUCGCAUUGGUCUCGUCGCAUGGCUCGAGGGUGUAUCAGGAGUGCACGGCAGCGGGAAGGAGGAAGGGCUCGACAAUGCGUAGGAUCAUGUUCACGAUUCCUUCGUAUUCUUUUUUCAGGCUUUCAAUUUGCUAUCUAAUUUAUCUAUCUUAAUCGCACUCAAGACAGGGUGACCUGUGUUCGGCUCAGCUCUUUGUAUUGAAUUUGCUCUCAGCGAGAUACAACGACGCCUUCGGUGCCUCUAUACAUCUGAAGUCCUCGAUCCCC